AUGGGUUCUGUUAUUGGUAUUCCUGUUGAAGAGGUUUGGGAGGCAUAUGGAGGGUUUCUUAUACAAUUUACAAUGGAGACUGGCUGGAAUGAAUUAUUACGGGCUUUAUCUCCUGAUUUGGAGUUUAUUGACCACGUUGUAUACAGAACAAAACUGAAAGGUCCAGCAUUUCGUUGUGAAGCACAGCCAGAUGGUUCACUUAUUCUACAUUAUUAUUCAAGAAGAUCUGGAUUAUAUCCAAUUGUUAAGGGAGUCAUUCGUGAAGUUGCUAGACGUAUUUACGAGACAGAAGUUAUUAUGAAAGUACAAGAACGAAAGCAAGAACAUGUUGAUUCUUUAAUUACUGAACAUGUUGUUUUUGUUAUUAAUCAAGUAGAAAAUUCCCUUGCUGCUUUCCGGUCUAUUGCUAGCAGAACAGUUAGUAGUUCAACUAUCUCAUCAGAAUUUACAAAUGUUUGUUCUAAUUAUUAUACAAAAAUUGAUGAUUUUUGUAAAGCUUUUCCUCAUCAUUUUUGUUUUGACAAAGAAUUACGUAUUGAACAUGUUGGCAAAGUCCAUCCAGAAAUUCCUCUAUCGUUUGAUUCAAUAAUGGCAUUCAGAAAUAGUCUUUUUGUUUUCCGUCUUCGUGAUGAAUUAAGUCAGGGAAGUUCAAAGCCCAGUAGUUGCAGAUCAGAUGAAGUUAAGAGUCAACAAAUGGCUAUAACAAUAAAAGGUUCAAUGCAUUUAGUGGCAGAAAAUAAAUAUAUGGUUUAUAUGUGCUCUCUUAAUGUGACAACUAUAAGGCACUAA